AAAUGCGUGAACCUCUUUUUUUGUUCUCUCUAUUAGCAGCAGUUAGCAUUGAUAAAGUUUUGAGCAUAAAAUGCUACCAGUGUAGUAGUACAGAGGAUCAGAAGAAACCCUCAGGAUUAUGGUCUAAAGAGAGAUUUACUCAAGACAGGUUUGAGGAUAACUGUGGAGUUUAUUGGCCAUUCGAGACAGACAGGAACAUUCCAGUAGAUUGUAAUUCAGUGUGUCUAAAAACUGUUUUUGAAGGGGAUGGUCGAUGGCGUCAAGUAAUACGUCGUUGUGCCAGUGUUUCCGAUACAGGAGUCACAGGAGUCUGUAAUUGGGGUGUUCAGGAGAAUGGAGUAUACUGGGAGGAAUGUUAUUGCAGCCAUGAUGGCUGCAAUGGCGCUGAAUCUUUGAAAGGAAAAACCACAUUAGCAAUAACUGUCGUCUUCAUUUUGUUAAAACUUGCCUUUUUCUGAAAUCAUUAGUUUUUCACUUUAUACGAACUUUAUACAUCCUUUAAAAUACUUUUAAACUAACAAAAAACUUUGCAUUAUUGUGUUGAAAAGAUUUAAUUUGGGAUAUUAGCUUGUUUUCUAAAUUCGAGCUUCCAUGAAAUAAAAAAGGUCAAUAUCUUUUAUUUCCCUAGUUUGAACCCGACACAAAAUAAAUUAUUUUACAAGACAUUCUAUAUAAAAGUAUGAAGUUUCUAAAAAACAUCUAAAUUAUGAUCAAUCGAUCAAAAAAUACUCAAUGUAUUCAAUUUUGAAGAUAAACUAUUUUGCUACAAAAAUUAUGACUGAUGACUUGUUUUUGAUGAUGUAAAAAAACAAUUGUAUUAAACCUGUACCAGUUAAACUCUAUGCAUGUAAAUAUAUGUACAAAAGAAUUAAAUUGUUAUA